CGCUACACUACCGAAAAAGGCAAUGAACUCUCUACCCGCCGAGUAAGACCUUGGCUUGACCACCGACCACCACGACCACCUUUCCUUUUCACUUUUCUUCUCUUCGUUCCCUUGUUGCCCGUUCAUCAUCACCGCAGCUAUAGUGCUUCGGCGGCUCCUAACAUUGCCCCCACGUUUCCAUUCAAGUGUGGCCGACUUGGAGUCCUACUGUUCAUCACUUUUCGUUGAUUCAUCGUCGCAACAUGUCGCAAUACCCAGAAGCCGAUGAGGCCCAGCACAGGCAUUACAAUGAUGGGUACCUUCCAUACUCUCAAACUACGACCCCAGCUCCUUACACAUCGCCAUUCGACCAACAUUACGACCAGCAACCGUAUACAGACUCGUACUAUGGUCAACAGACUCACCCGAAUCCCUAUUCCUCGCCGCCUCCUUUACCACCACUUGGAGGAUAUCCGACAUCGCCGCCCCCUCAGCACCUGGAUCCUUAUGGUGCUCCUGCAGCUCCCAUAUCCUCACCUCCACCCCACGAGUAUCUCAGUACGCCAUAUCAACAAUCACUAUCACCCCAACCAGGAGUAAUAGCAGGCGGCUCAAUCCCUUCGCUUUACAACAGGCCAUCUUACGAGUUGCGCGACGAACCCACAGUUGAAGGAGAUGACCAAGGUAGCAUUCCGUUGCUGCAGAGGCACUCUCCCGCACCACCACCGAUUGAUAUGCCAGUUCCUGGUGGCAACGGCAACUAUGGAGGGUUUAACGAUGAUGACGAUGACGGGAACUUCAUCCGUUAUGGAAGGAUUCCGCAGCGCGUGCCAAGGCGGUACAAAACUACGCGUCGGGUAGCUUUGCGGGAAGGUCAUUACGUUGUAGAGAAUGAGGUGCCAGAAAAGCUCCUCGAGCUGUGCCAGAACCGCACCGACCGCGAGUUCACUCACAUGCGGUAUACGGCCGCCACCUGUGAUCCAAAUGACUUCCAGUCUGAGGGCUUCGGUCUCCGGCAGCUGGAGUAUACUCCCGGGCGGCGAACCGAGCUCUUCAUUGUCAUGACCAUGUACAACGAAGACGAGGAGCUGUUCUGUCGGACGAUGCAUGGUGUCAUGAAGAAUGUCGCGCAUUUAUGCUCAAGGACAAGGAGUCAGACGUGGGGAAAAGAUGGAUGGAAGAAAGUCGUUGUGUGUAUUGUCAGUGACGGUCGAAAGAAAAUCAACUCGAGAACGCUCAGUGUCAUCGCUGCUAUGGGUGUCUACCAGGAGGGUAUCGCCAAGAACAUCAUCGACGACAAACCCGUUACCGCCCACAUCUUCGAAUACACUACACAAGUCUCUGUGACACCAUCUCUAAAGAUCGAGGGCGCGGAGAAGAAGCACGUUCCCGUUCAGAUCAUCUUUUGCUUGAAAGAGCAAAACCAAAAGAAAAUCAACUCACAUCGGUGGUUCUUCAAUGCGUUCGGUCCUAUUCUCAAUCCCAACGUCUGUGUUCUUCUUGAUGUUGGGACUAUGCCGGGUGUCACCAGUAUCUACCACUUGUGGAAGGCCUUUGAUAUUAACUCGAACGUUGGAGGUGCAUGUGGCGAGAUCGUUGCGCUGAAGGGCAAGUGGGGCCGGAACCUCAUCAAUCCUCUGGUCGCUGCUCAGAACUUUGAGUAUAAAAUGUCCAACAUUCUUGACAAGCCCUUGGAGUCUGUCUUUGGUUAUAUCACUGUCUUGCCCGGAGCAUUCAGUGCAUACCGGUACAUCGCUUUACAGAAUGAUGCCAAAGGCGAAGGACCACUGCAAAAGUACUUCCUCGGUGAGAAGAUGCAUGGUGCGGGAGCCGAUAUUUUUACGGCGAAUAUGUAUCUCGCUGAAGAUCGUAUUCUAUGUUGGGAGCUGGUAUCGAAACGAGGUGGAUCCUGGAUUCUUCACUAUGUCAAGUCAGCCUACGCUGUAACCGAUGUACCCGAUACUGUUCCAGAAUUGAUAUCUCAACGUCGACGAUGGCUCAACGGUUCCUUCUUCGCUGCUGUGUUCAGUACCCUGCACUUCUACUAUAUCUAUCGGAGCUCUCACACGCUCUUGCGCAAAUUCUGGAUACAUGUUGAGAUGCUUUAUCAAUGCUUCAACCUGAUUUUCAGUUGGUUCGCUCUGGCAAAUUAUUAUAUCGCAUUCGUCAUCCUCUCUGAUGCCAUGGAAGAUACUAGCUUUGGUCUCAAGGGCAUCCACGUCUUUAACGUCAUUAUCAAUUAUGCCUACCUUGGUCUUCUGAUAAUGUGUUUCCUCCUUGCGCUGGGAAAUCGACCUCAAGGAAGUAAAUGGGGUUAUACUACAGCUUUCCUUGGUUUCGGGGUGAUCACGGUCUACAUGACGUUCGCAGCCUUCUUCCUUGCGUUCAAAGGCAUUGAAGCAUUAGCAAAAUCCGAAGGACCCUUGAGCCUGAACGACUUGUUUACGAAUUCUAUUUUCAGAAACAUUGUGCUUUCGCUGUUGGCUACGCUUGGGUUGUACUUGAUCUCGAGUUUGAUCUUUUUUGAACCUUGGCAUAUGAUCACCUCGUUCAUCCAGUACCUUCUCAUGGCGCCGUCUUACAUUUCCGUCUUGAACGUUUACGCUUUUGCUAACGUCCAUGACGUUUCGUGGGGAACUAAGGGUGAUAACAAAGUCAGUACGGAUCUCGGUGUGGUCAAGAAGGACUCGGAUACGAAUGAGGUAUCGGUGGCUGCACCGACGACGCCAGAAGAGCGUAAUGCGGCGUAUGACGAUGCGUUGCAUGUGUUGAAGACGAAGCCGCCCAAGGUGGAGAGCAAGCCGGAUGCGUCGACACAUCAGGAGGAUUAUUACCGGACGUUCAGGACCAAUGUCCUUCUUGCUUGGACACUGUCGAAUGCGCUUUUGGGAGCUGCUAUUGUGACUGCGAAUAGUAAAGCGUCUGAUACGGGUGCAGCUGCUAGUGUGAAAGGCUAUAUGGCGUUCUUGUUGUUUUCCGUUGCUGCGCUUGCGUUUGUGAGGUUUGUGGGAGCGACGACGUAUUUGAUCAUUCGUCUGUUUGCUGGAGAGUAGACGAGUUUUCGUUGUUUUUUCAUUGUUCAUUGUGCGAUAUUAUUUAACGAUUUGUAUCUGAUUGACUGACGACCUAUUUAUGUCUUAAUGUACGUGUUCCUGGUCAUGAAAAGAGUGUUCUGGUAGCGAGACUGG